AUGUCUGCCCAAGCCCCCCGCGGCCAGCAACACCCACCCGCCCACAUAGAGCACCGCUCCAUCCGUCCGCCCACCGCACAGCCAGCAGCAGCCCAGCAGCGCAUGUCCAUGCCCCCGCCACAGAGCACCAGCAAGCCUGUAGUCUAUCCCACCCCGAAGAACCCCCAGGGGUAUCCCCAGUCCAUGUCCAGGGGACUUCCUCGGCCAGCUUCGGGUCAGAGCCAGCAAGGUCAGUACUUGAGAGAGUCGACAAAGCCAAACGUGUCUAUGCCCCCGCCACGCCAGCCUAGCGCAACUAUGGGUCAUAAGGACGGCAAGCAACCCGAUGCAACGGCGUGGAGGGGCGCACAGACGGUCAGAGAGAGGGGAGAAAAGGGCGAAGAUGUCGAAGUGCAAUUCCACCAGCUGCUUGACUCGCUGCAGGUGCCAGAGACUGUCCGACAAAAGUUCUCGACCGUAUCGCAAGAUGUCAAAUCCAGCAUACUCUCGUCUACCCUCACCUAUAACCCCGCCAUCCUCUCCUCUCUUGGUCUCCCCGUCCCCGCACCUCAGUCCCCGAAAGCUCGAAAGAAGCUUUCCACACCUCUCCUGCGCAAGACCAAGUCUUCCGGUUCGCUCAAGAACGGCCAGCCUCAGCCAAACUCCAACGGUGUGGGCAAGACGUACAAUGUCAAUGGUGAAGGGUUUGUGAUCGUCGCGAGCCCCAAAGCGGGCUCGGAGGCUACGCUACCCAGCCCUGUCUUUCCCAAUGAAGACCCCCGCAGGCAGUCCAUCGACUCGAGGCCUUCCCGUCCUUCUUCCAGGAUCUUUGGACACUCUCCUUCUGCUUCUGUAGGUUCCAACAAGGGCGCCAAGGGCCUUGGAAUCGCCAUGGGCGAGCAGCCCGAAGCAUUCAUUCAAUGGCUCAAGGCCUAUAAAGGGACGGAUUUGAGGAUGGAUGUGGGGAGGUGUAAGAAGUUGAGGAUGCUGCUGAGGCAUGAGAGUACGGACUGGGUGGGCGCCUUUCUGGAUAUGGGUGGGUAUGUGUUGGUCUUGGAUAGGCUUCAGGAUCUGUUGGAUGUUGAAUGGAGGGAGGAGCAGCACGACGAUCAGAUGCUUUAUGAGAUUCUCAGGUGUAUCAAAGCAUUUUCCACCACCGAGAUGGGCAAAGCCGCCCUCCGUAAAUCAUUCCCUCGACCCUUCCCCGCCCUCUCCUCCCUGCUUUUCUCCGAAAAGAAGCCCGGAGACCUCGCCUCUCGCCAGCUCAUCGUCGAGCUCUGGCUCUUCCUCUUUGAUCUCUUCGCUCCACCCUCCCCAUCCCCAGCGCCCUCGCCUGCGCUUUCGUCAUCUGGCCGCUCGAUUCGAUUCGACGCACAGGCAGCGCCGGGAAGUAUCAGCCAGAAAGAGUUGACAGACUUUAUGAGGACGCUUUUGGUUCCAGAGCAGGAGGACCCGACAAAGGAUCAACAUGACUUUGUCACUCAGGCGCAUAGGCCGAGGAUCUUUAAAGCGUGGGUAGGAGAGUUGAGUGAUAUCUGCCGCGAUUACUUCUGGAUCAUGUGCCAUGCGUCAAAUACGCUUUGGGCGUUGGAUCAAGUGGAUGAAAGUCUGGUCGAAAAGCCGGUUGCGCCUGGUGGAGCUACAGGUGGCGUCGAAUUUGAGGCCAUGAACUAUGUCACCAACCACUUCAAGCUGCUCAACGCUUAUGCAAAGCGACAAGCCGCUGAAGACAUCGACAAGGCAAGGCAAUUGCAUCAAGACCUGAUGGCUUCCGGUAUGGACCGCAUCCUCGUCACCUUCCGUAAAGCCUCCACAACCUACUACCCCUCAGUCCAUCUCGAACUCGCCCGCUACGUUGCCAUUCUCCGAGCUGCGUCGCCCGAUGGCAAGCUGCCGUAUUUGAUUAGUAAGAUGGUCGGACCUCCGCCUAGUGAGGUGGCCAAACAACAGCACAGCGGAGAAUGGCUGCCUAUGCCCAGGACAAGGUAG